CUGUUUGCACUACCUUCUCUGAUUUUGACCCCUGCCUGCCUCACCACCCUGUACGCUUUUAUACCCUGUCAUGUAAAUAAAAGUGAACUACAUUAGCUCUGCCUCUGGUGUCUGCAUGUGUGUCCUGCCCUGUGCUCCUGUUAUCCUGCUGGCACUAGUUGUGACUCCCUGUUUCGUUUAUGAAAAAAAACAACCACACAUAGAGGACACGCUGACAGUUGGGUUGACAAAGUCUCAGCAAUGGAGGGGAUGAUUUCUACGUUGACUCUGCUGUGUCUGGUGCUGUCUGGUGUUGGUGCCAUCCAAGUGGUCAUCCCUAAAGACGUGUAUGAGUAUGCCCGGGGUGACAACAUCACACUGCCCUGCACCUUUACACCUAAACCUGGAAGUACCCCCAGUCUAGUCAUUGUCUCAUGGUCUGUUGAGGGUUUAGAAGCUGGCGCUGAGGAGCACCUGAUCCUCACCUACUACUCCACUGGUGUUACUGACAUCACACAAAUAUAUGAAGGUCGGGUGUCUGUGGAUGUAAACAUUGGAACUGGAAAGGCCAACUUAAAUCUGUCCUCCAUCACAUUAGCUGACAACAAGAUCUUUAAGUGUCUUGUCCAGAUCCCAGGUGAUGAGGAUGGCAAGCCAUUAGACACUGCGCGUUUGGUGGUUUUAGUGGCUCCGUCUACACCCAUCUGUAAGAUUCAGGGUAAGGCAGAGUACGGCCAGAACAUCAACCUGACCUGUGUGUCUGAGGAGGGUUCCCCACCACCCACUUACUCAUGGGAAAGUCGCGAUGUACGAAACAUGCCUCGUGUUCCUGACCCCAGAACCACUGACAGGGGAGGCAUCCUGUCUCUUUACAAUAUCUCCAAAGAUACAUCAGGAUUCUACACCUGCACCUCAAGGAACAAGAUCCGUGCUGCAAGCUGCAACAUCACCCUCGCAGUCAUGCCUCCUUCCAUGAACAUCGGCUCCACUGCAGGAAUCAUUGCUGCAGUUGCCGGCUUGUUGGUCAUACUCAUCAUCAUCAUCUACUGCUGCUGCUGCCGCAAGAAGAAGGAGGACGAGGAAUAUGCCAUGGGAGUCCGUGAGGAGGAGUACCACGACAAAGAGCCAAAUGGCAAGAGUCACCGUGCUGAGGACGCACGCAGUCCUGACGACUCCAGUGUGAGGAGCCCUGACGACCGUUACGAGGAACGGAGCGAGCGUGGCAAUGACCGCCGCAGGGACUAUGACGAUCGCCGCAGCGACUAUGAUGAUCGUCGUAGCGACUUUGAUGAUCGUCGCAGCGACUAUGAUGACCGCCGCAGGGACUAUGAUGACCGCCGCAGGGAUGACCACCGCAAGGACUACAAUGAUCGCCGCAGCGACUACGAUGACCGCCGCAGCGACUACGACGACCGCCGCGACAGGUACAGCGAUCGCAAUGAGCGCUACGACGACAACCGCCACUACGACGAUGAGCGCCGCUACAAUGACCAGAGAGACCGUCGCUAUGAUGACAAUGACCACUACGAUGAGCCCUAUGAUGACCGUGACCAUGACAGACCACCUGUGCCAAACAAUAAGCCAGCGAGGAGGGACUACGAUGACUAAGGCCUCCAGUCUGUACCAACCACUGUCUUCCAUCUUCUGUUUUAGUUUCACUGACUUUUUUUCUCCAAUGGCCACUAGCCUACUUCGCUCCAUGUGUGACCUAAUUGGCUUUAACAACAUUUUGCCUCAGUGGACCUAGCAAUGAUAUAAUUGUCUCAAAAAACCUUUUAUACAUAUACUAAAGUUAAGAAUAACAUGUUUGAGAGAGGGAACAGUUUAAGGGUCAGGUUGUUUAUCAUGUUAAUAAGGUGUAGUUGUGACUUGAAGCACAAGACCUGGAGGAUCAGUUAGGGAGGGGCAGGGAAUCCAAAAUGGCGGCCACAAAGCCCAUCUGAUCUGUUUUUAAGAGGGAGUAGGUGGGUGGGGUCAACAGUUAGAAUCCCUGUACUUAAGGUAUAAACACUGCCCAGGGCAAAAUCCGUACCUUUGAUGUGCAGCCAAACUCGAGUCAUGCAAAUAUUAAAAGUCGAAAAAACAUUUAACAGAUUCCCCCAGAAACAAAUUAUUUUUACACAUUAUAGGUCCACAUUUUAAAGUAAUAUGUUUGUCUUAUAUAGCCACUAUAAUCCAAUAUGCAAGUUAAUCAUCUUACUUCUUUGACAGUAUGUAUACACACACAUACAUACAUACAGUUUUCAUUUUUCUGCAUUUUCGCUCCUAGUGAAAUCGAAUAUAUGCAGUCAUUUCUGUGAUAUACAGUUUUUAUAUACUGUUUUUUGUUUGACUUUGAAAUGUGUGUAGUUAGAAGUUUACUGCAGCUCAGUCAGGUUUGGUCACAUUCUGAUGUGGGGACACAAACACACAUUGUGAGAAAAAGCAUGUGACCUAUGCUGCCUGAUGUGUGGAAGUGAGUUAUCUAGAAAUUAUGUGGAAUUUUAGCUUUAAACCUGAUAUGUAGACAUUGUUACAAAAUAAUGCAAGGCCCUAAGAUGGCUUCUGCUGAUGGGUGUAACUGGUGUUUGUUUUUUUUAUGAAGCUAUCUUCACACGAAAGAAAUAGGCUUCAGUUUUAUGUUAUUAUUACUAGAAUAUUAGCUUACAAGGAUUAUUUUUCUAUACUAAGUCAGCUUGAGUGCCUUCAGUUUCUCUAUUUUUUUUCUUCCUUUUUUAAACCACAACAUUACAGAAACUAGAACUAGAGCUUCCACUCAUUGUUGGGAUUAAUAAUGGCAGAUCUCUCAGGUUCUCGGUUUUUAUUAUAUUAUUUUAUUAUUGUUAUAUUUUGUAAAUGGAAAUCCUGAUUCCAGUACAUCUGAACUUUCACCAGAAUCUGUGUACAAUCUCUGUAAUGCCAUGUCACCUUUAAAGAUAUUGUUUUUUUAAUUAUGUUAAAUGACUGUAAAGAGAUUUCUAUUGAAAUGCAAUGAAAUAUAACAAUCUUCAAGCUAUUGUUUUAUCUCAGCAAUAAUAAUUUUAACAGUUUAAAUUGGGAUUUGUCAAAAUUUGAAAGAUGACAGUUGUGUUCGAUUUGAGAUAUGCUGUAAAAAAUAAAGCAGAUGAAAUAAAAUGA